AUGCCGAAGCUCGCCCUGCAGAUCUCUGCGCAGCUCACCAACGUGCAGAAGCUGCGCCCCGCGACCGACGAUGCGGCGCUGAUGAUGCGCGUCAAGUGCUCGUCGUGCCACGAGGAGCACAAGAAGGAGGUGUCCUUCUCGCCGCUCGACGAGGUCGACGUGCAGGGCGGCAAGGGCAAGGCCAACUUCGUCAUGAGCUGCCAGUUCUGCAAGCGGCCAGCAUCGGCAAACUUCGAGACACCGACCGCGAAGGCACCGCUCUACCAGCCGUACGAUGGGCCCGACUUUGCGACGCUCUGCGUGCUCGAGUUCCGCGGCAUGGAGCCGGUGGGCUUCGUCUUUGAGCACACGACCUGGCGCGCUGUCAGCGAGGCCGGCGCCGCGUUUGCGGAGCUCGAGUUCGAGGACGGCGAGUGGACGGACUACGACGAGAAGGGCGGCUGUGAAGUCAGCGUCAUGGAGGUGGAGGCCCGCUGGGUCCGUGCAUGA